AUGGAGUCUGGAACUGGAGAGGAGCCUGUGCAGGCUGACCCAAAUCCUGGUGGCAGGUGGGUGUGUGUGAAGCUCAAACCGAUUUGUUUGUUUUGUUUUGUCUCCCUAGGUGAUUUCUCUGGUCAGCUUUUAGCUUAUUUGAGUCUUGGUCCAAUAUUCAUAAUUGUUGGCUUCAUAACACUCAUCAUAUUCAAGAGGGAGCUUCACACGAUCUCUUUCUUGGGAGGGCUGGCUUUCAACGAAGGAGUGAACUGGUUAAUAAAAAACGUUAUCCGGGAGCCACGGCCCUGUGAAGAAGCCCAUUCAACAGUGACCACAAAAUAUGGGAUGCCAUCCAGCCACUCCCAGUUCAUGUGGUUUUUCUCUGUAUAUUCAUUUCUCUUCCUUUAUUUAAGAAUGCACCAAACAAACAACGCCAGGUUUCUGGAUUUACUAUGGCGGCACGUGCUGUCCGUCUGCCUCGUGACAGCGGCUUUGCUAGUCUCAUAUAGUAGGGUUUAUUUGCUUUACCACACCUGGAGCCAAGUGUUAUAUGGGGGUGUGGCAGGAAGCAUCAUGGCCAUAGCCUGGUUUGCCUUCACACAAGAGAUACUAACUCCUCUCUUCCCAAGGAUAGCUGCAUGGCCAAUUUCAGAGUUCUUUUUAAUCCGAGAUACCAGCCUCAUUCCCAACAUCCUGUGGUUUGAAUACACAGUCACGAGAGCAGAGGCAAGAAACAGACAGCGCAAGUUGGGUACGAAGCUGCAGUGACUCACGAGGUGCAAGGACCAGAGUGCACGUUUCGACAGCGAAAGACAAGAGCAGAGACCUGGGAGCAGCAAGAAGCCUUUUAACAGACGGACCAAAGGAGCAGGCAGGGACCAAACCCCAAACCUGAAAGCCUUUGCUCUGCUUUAGCAGCUAGCUGGAUGCUCCCUGAUGCAUGUGGGACUGUGCAGGAGGAAAAACUCAUUUUCAACACAGAUGCACAUUGCCAGGUGGAAUGUACCACCGUGUCUACGUCGGGAGGGGGGAGAAAAUGCCUGGUGUCUUGUUUGGGGAGGGGAAAACCAAAUCGAAUAAUUUUUGUGACUUUUUUUUUUUCCUCAGCAUGAAAUAUACACACUAUUUAUUUAUUUUUUUAAAUGGAACUAUUACUUUUCGGGGUGGGUGAGACAUUGAUUGUGUGUUUUGUUUUUGUUUUUUUCCCUUUUUGGAAGAUGACAAAACUAAUCUCAAGUUGGUCAUGCUUAAUUAGGAGUUUUAAUUUUUAAAAAUCCCUCAGGAGGAAGGGGACCUAAGAUGGGGGUGACUUCAAUGGAAGGGAGAGGAAGGUUUUCUUUCCUUUCUGAAGCUUUCUUGGGAGAUCAAAAUCAAUUCCAACUGCACUUCAUAUGGACAGGAAGAAAGUUCUGCAGAUUUGCUUUAACACUAGUGAUGGUUCUGCAGGGAAGCCUGCCCAGAUAUCAUUGGGGGAGUGUGUGUGGGUGUGUAUGCAA